CACUUCACCAGUAACUCCUCUCCAACACAACCACCAUGUAUUCCUUGCUGCUGCUCCUCCUCUACGCCACCACCACCACCACCGCCCUAACCCUAAGCACCCUCCGCCACUUGAACCACCAUGUGGAUCAAGAAUACACCCCCAGUCUCGCCGAACAGCAAUUCCCCAUCUACAACCUCACCACCCCGCUCAACCACUUCCCCGAUUCCCCGCGCUACCCGGCGACGAACCAGACCUUCCCCCUGCGCUACAUCGUCGACGCCACGUACUACCAGCCGGGGGGCCCGGUCUUCGUGAUCGCCGGCGGCGAAACCUCGGCGCUCAACCGCCUCCCCUUCCUCUCGCAGGGGAUCGUGCACGAGCUGGCCAGGAUCUACCACGGGGUAGGGUUAAUCGUGGAGCACCGAUAUUACGGGACGAGUUAUCCCGAGGACAUCCCGCAGGAGGAAGCUGGAAGAAGGAAAACAGUCCUCCACUUGAAAUACCUCACCACCGAACAAGCCCUGGCCGACUACGCCUACCUCGCCACCCAGCUGCCCCCGAUCUUAUCCUCGUUGGUGUCCUGCAACCUCACCGCCGAGACUCCCGCGGAUCUCUCCCCCCAGCGAACCCCCUGGAUCGCCUACGGCGGCUCCUACGCCGGCGCCUUCGUCGCCUUCCUGCGCAAGUCCUACCCCACGCGCUACUGGGCCGCCAUCGCCAGCUCCGGGGUGACUGCGGCGGUGACGGAUUACUGGCAGUAUUACGAGCCGAUCCGUCUGCACGCCCCGGGGGCGUGUGUCGCGGUGCAGCAGGCCUUGGUGGCGUUUGUGGAUCGGGUGCUGCGCGGGCACCCCCAACACCCCACCGGGGAUUCGGCGAGUGAGCGACUCAAACAACUCUUCCUCCCCAAAUGGGGAAACGCCAACGCCCUCGACGACGAGACCUUCGUGGCGGGACUGUCCGAGCCGCUGGGGCUCUUCCAGGAACGGAAUUGGGAUCCCCGGGUCGGGGACUUGGGGUUUCGGUGGUACUGCGGGAAUCUGACGGCGGAGAAGGUGCUGGACGAGGCGCUGGAGGAGGAUAUUGGGACUGUUGUCCGGGAGUUGGUGCGUGGGGUUGGGACUGCUGCUGCUGCUGCUGCUGCUGAUGAUAAUGAUGAGCAAGAGGAAGAGGCGUUGGUGAGGGAGGUGGUGAAUUGGGUGGGGGUGGUGAGGAGGUUGGGGGUGUUUGAGUCUGCUUCUGCUUCUGCUUCUGCCGACGCUGCUUCUGCCUCUGCUGAGGAUAAACUCCUCCCCCGAACAGCCUCAACCAGCUGGAACUACCAAGUCUGCACGGAAUGGGGCUACUUCACCCCCGGCUCGACCGUCCCCCCACACAUCAAACCGCUGGUGUCGCGGCGACUCACCCCCAACUUCUGGAUCGAGAUGUGCAACGCCACCUACGGGAUCGACACUCCCCCCGACACCGACAGGAUCAAUCAAUAUGGCGGGUUCGGGUUCUCGUAUCCUCGCGUGGCGCAGAUUGGCGGGCGGGCGGACCCGUGGCGGGAGGCGAGCCCGUUCGCAACGGGUCUGCCAGUCCGGAACUCCACGGCGGAGGAGCCGAGGAUCCUGGUGGAGGUGCCGGCGACGGAGGUGUACGAUGGCAUGGAAGGGGCGGUGCAUCACUGGGAUCAGAACGGGGUGUUUGGAGUGGAGGAGUUCUGGGAGGGGAAGAAGGUGGUGCCUCCCAAGGGAGUGCGAGAGGCGCAGGGCGAGGUGAUUGCCUUUGUCGGGGGAUGGUUGGGCGAGUGGCAGAAGCAGAAGGACGAGGAGGAUGUUGCAAUGCAAGAGAUACAAUCCCCAGCGCAUCAAAUUCGACUAACACUGACUUGA